GCCCAUUCGCGUAGCUUUCGCGUUGCACGAACUGGGGGCUUUCUGUGUCAGCGAGCGAGCAAAAAAAAAAAAAAAAAAAGCACGCAUCUAAGCGGCGGGCGAGUUCGGUGGAGGCGACCCCGGUUCUUGGGCUGGGCUUCUCUUCGGCGAGCCGGUUGGCACGGACGGCUGACUGCGUUGCCUCGGCGACCUUUGGUUUGCGAAGCUGUAUUUUAAGGAUGGGUAGAGAGUGAAGCAGGAGCGGCCACGCCAGUUAUCCGGAUGACCCGAGUCAGGAUGAUAUUAACGCAAAUUGAAGCCAAGGAAGCCUGUGACUGGCUGAAGGCUGCUGGUUUCCCCCAGUAUGCUCAGAUGUUUGCAGAUAUGCAGUUUCCAGUUGACAUAAAAACUGUGAGGAAAGAUCAUGAAUUUUUAGAUCAAGAUGCAAUAGAAUCUCUCUACAGACGGUUAAAUACCUUGAAUAAGUAUGCAGAAAUGAAGAUGGAAAUAAGUAAGCCAAGAAAGCGGAGUGAUGAAUCUGAAGAUGAAGAACUUUGUGCAAUAAGUAACAAAUGGACUUAUGAGAAAGGUACCAAAAGAUGGUCCCAUCUGGAAAACAUAAAGGUUUCUUGUGCACUAAGACCUGAUAACUUGAGACUUAAAAGCAACGCCAGUGGGGAUAUUAUCUUUUCAGCUCAAGGAGACAUUCACGAGAAAUCUUCAGUUCAUAGUUCUAGCAGUGACGAUAGUGAUAUAAUUAAUUUUCCCAAAAUUUGUGGGGAUGUUGAAACCAGCAGAAGCUCUUCAACCUGUUCCUCAAAUAAAUUGGCAUCCCCUGAAUCUGUUUCCAGUUGCUCUCCUUCUGUUACUGAGACCUUAAAUAUGACAAGUGAGGACAAGAACUUGGAUAAACUAUGCCAUAAAAAAGGAAACAGUUUCUUAAAGACAAUGGAGAAGCUGCGCUUAAGAAGUGGCACCUGUAAGAAACAAAUGCAUUUGAAGACCAAAUUCAACAUUAGUGAGCCUAUUCUCCUAGAGGGAUUGAGUGAAGAAAAGUUGAGAAGCUUAAAUUGCGUAGAUAUUUCUGAUGCACCAGUCAGUCGGGUGAUGCAGCCUUCUUACUAUCCUCAGAGCUGUAGUAGCAGCAGCAGCAGCAGUCAGUCUGGAGACAGUAGCACUGUGAGCACCCCAAGCCCAGUCAGCAAAGUAAGGAGACACAGUAAAAGAGGAGGAAUGUACGCUGAAGAGUUUGAUCCCAGCAAGCUUUCCUUAAGGAGUGAUUUUUCUGAGCAGAGCUUCAACAGUGAGAUAUGUUUGCACAAAAACAAAGUAUUUCAGGUACCACAAGGUCAUAAGCCUGGGACUUUCCCCAAAGCGCUUACAUAUAGUCUGUUAUCUCCAAUAGACAAUACCUCAGUAAACUGGAGAACGGGGAGUUUUCAUGGAUGCCAGAGAAGCAGGGAUAAGAUUAAUUCUCAGGAGACUGAAGGGUCAUGUGACUCUCCUUCACUGAUGGAUAACAGGCUGAGUAUAUAUGACAAUGUGCCAGAAAAUCUUCACAAAAUGAAUUCACCAGAGACUGAUGAUGAUGAUGUCUUUACGGAAUUAGACAAUAUUAUGGAACACGUGAAUGGACUCAGGAAGUUGGUCAGCCAAUGGACAGAGAAAUUAUCUGAUGAUGGCGACUCUGAUUCUGCAAGCUACUCCAACCAAUCCACUUCUCCAUGCCCAUCAUCUCCUAAGGAAAUCCUUCUUGAAAUUAAAAAGCAUUCAGAAGAAAAAUCAUCAGAGUUGCCAAAUAUUGAUGGUGAAGACAGCUACCGACAUCUUGGUGAACAGGGUCUAAUGGAACUGACGUAUGUAAUGGGAACAGGAACAGGGUUGAUGCCAACACAUUCCAUCAGGCAUGGGAGAAGACCCUGGUCUAGUAGAGAAGACACUCAUUUUGAAAGUCUUUCUCUACAAAUGGACAGCCAAUCAGCAACUUGUCUGAACCGCAUGCAAAAGCUUGCUCUGUUAAAAUUAACUACUUUGAUGGACAAAUACUCUCCAUCUAGCAAACAAGGAUGGAAUUGGACUAUUCCAAAAUUCAUUAGAAAAUUAAAAGUCCCUGAUUAUAAAGAUAAAAAUGUAUUUGGAGUACCAUUACUGUUAAACGUUCAAAGAACGAGUCAUCCCCUUCCAAGGAGCAUAUUCCAAGCUAUGGACUACCUAAGACACAAUUUUCUUGACCAGGUUGGUCUUUUCAGAAAAUCUGGUGUUAAAUCUAGGAUCCUUUACUUAAGAGAAAUGAAUGAAAUUAACCCAAAUAACAUAAAUUAUGAGGGUCAAUCGGCCUUUGAUGUGGCAGACAUGUUGAAGCAGUAUUUCCGAGAUCUUCCAGAACCUAUAUUCACCAGCAAGCUCUGUGAAACUUUCCUGCACAUCUAUCAAUAUCUACCAAAAGAUCAGCAAUUUUGUGCUGUCCAGGCUGCUAUUCUUCUUCUCCCAGAUGAAAAUCGUGAAGCUCUGAAAAUUCUGUUGUACUUCCUUAGGGAUGUUGUGACAUUUGUGGAAAAAAAUCAGAUGACUCCAACCAAUAUAGCUGUGUGCCUGGCACCAUCUUUAUUCCACCUCAACACCUUGAGGAGAGAUAGUUCUUCAUCUUCCAGAUCUAGCCAAAGGAAGCUCAGUACUGGAAAACCUGAUCAGAGGGAUUUGAGUGAGAACUUGGCUGCAACGCAUGGCCUGGCCCACAUGAUCAUGCAGUGCCACAGACUAUUUGGGGUACCCAACUAUUGUUUUGAUCAGGAGCAUGAGAAUGAACACAACCAAGCAGAUUUAGAUGAAGUAGCUCCACAUCAAGCCACUUUAAUAAAAUAUUCUAACAUAGUGUCAUCCCUGGAACACUUCAUGCAGGACUUACUCAGAGAGGCCAAAGACAAAUUCAAGAACUGGGUCACUUGCUCCAUCUUAGAAGGAGUAGACUCCGCAUCUAAGAAGGUGGAUGAUAACUACCACAUCUGUUUAUGGAAAACCUCUGUUGAAAUUGAUGCUGUUCCUAAAGUUAUUCUACACCGUAUAUUGAUGGAACAACAUCUGUGGGAUCCAAAUCUUCAACAAACAAACAUCCUGGAGAUUUUAGAUGAUGAAACAGAUAUUUAUCAGUACACAACAGCAAAUAUGUCUCCACUUCCUUCAAGAGAAUAUGUGGUCCUAAGGACUUGGCGGACUGAUCCUCAAAGUGGCACAUGUAUUCUAGCAGCUACCUCAACAGAUAACAAAGGUGCUACUGUGAAUGGGAUUUUGGUUCAAGUCAUACUUUACCAAUACCUUAUAGAAGUUGUUGCUGGUUCCCAGAAAUCCAAAGUAACAUAUGUUUGUCAAAUAGAUACCAGGGGGCGGACCACAGAAUGGUAUAAGAGGGCUUUUGGUCAUAUCUGUGCUGCAGACAUGAUAAGGAUUAAAGAUUCUUUCAAAGGAUCCCCUUACCGAAAUUAAACCAAAGACAACCAUUUGAUGCUUCUGGAGACGAAGAUAGUGCAAGAUGGCUUCAGUUACCAUUUUCAAAUUUGAUUAACUGAGAAAGCUGUAUAUAAAGCUAUCGAAGAAGAAUUUUAGAAAUGAAAUUUCAGUAUAAACGUACCUUUCAACUGAAUAAUUUACACAUUAUUUUAGUGUUUUGCCAAGAAAAUGAAAUUAUUUUGAUUAUUUCUUAAUUUAUUUAUAAGGAACAUCUUUUAAUAGUCUAUUUUAACUGUGUAAAUGAGAUAUAUUUUUAGAUGUUUUAUUGAUUGAAAAUGUGAAAGCAAUAGUAAAAUUAUAUCAGCAGCUUACAGCCUGACCAGCUUUUAUGCUGAUUUUAUUUUUAUUAUUGUAACAUAUUAGGAAACAGUGAUGCUUGUAUAAGAAGCUAAGCUAAGCUAAUUACAUUAUAUUUAUGUUGGUCAAAGAUUUUUGUAUCUUGAGUAGCCACAAUAAUCUACUUGAGAAUUUAUACAUCCAUUUUUAAUGCAGGAAUUUUUCAAUUUGCUUUAUAAGACACGCUCAAGGCAAUGUUCAAAGCAGAAUAGGCACUUUAAAUGGAAAAUGUUUACUUUUGGGAAAUAAUCGAGGACUAACUACAUAGUGAUACAUGGAGCUGAAAACACUAGAUUCAAAUUCUGUAUUUACUUAGUAUGCCCAGUUUUCAUUUAUUUGUUUUUUUUUAUAUUGAAAAAUGCAGUUAGACUGACUUGAAGAUAAUCUCAAUUUUUUUUAAAAAAAGUCCAUGAGUAGCUUUCAUUUACCAUACUGGAUGAAAAAAUUUUUGAAUGAGAAAUUGAAUCAGACAACCACUAGCUUUACAUACAUGCUAAACCAGUUUGUAUCUGCUAUGCAAAACAUAGCAAAUUAUAUUGUGGCAUUGUGCCGAAUCAUUGGCAUAAUCUUACUCCUCUACAAUGAUUUUUUUUUACCACUCCACUUCUGUCUAAUUGUCUUUUCUCACUCGUUCCAGUACAAUGGAACUUUGAUCUUGGACAUUUUGUGUAGCUCUUUAAAGAUUUUUUUCUUCAUUUAUGAAAUAAGUUACCCCAAGUUUGCCAGUAACUUUUGGCAUGCAGAUUGAAUUUUUUACCUCUAGCUCCACAAGCUUAAAAAUAUUUCUCAAGGUACUGUAGAAUUAGUAUUUUUAUUACUUGCUAUAAAAUAUACUGUUUUUCCAGUUGCAUAAGCCUGUAAUCCACAAUUCCUAAUUAAUGGAUGGUUUCUAACAAACAAGUCCUAACAUUACAGUUAGCUUGAUAGAAUCAAGGUAAUCAAUCACAUUAAGAUACAUGACUGCCCUGUGUGUGUAUACAGUAACAAGGGAUUUUUAAAAAAAUCCCUGCUAAUUCAAGUAAAUAUCUGCCCUAUUUUUGGUGACACCUCACACCUGUGUCACAGCCUAUCCUAUUUAGGAUGUUCAACGUUCAUUUUUACAGUGGCGUUUUGUGCAGCUGCUUGCAGGAAAUGCCAAUACCAAGCUCAUCUUGAUUGAUCUUAAAAAUAUAGUUAAUAUAUGGAUGGAGGGUGGUCACACUGAGAAACUGAAAAAUAUAUAAACAAACAAAUAAAUCUGGAGAAGGCAGGGGAGAACUACUACUCUAUUUUGUGUGUUUUCAUGCAGUUAGUAAUGAUUUUAAAUUCGGUAUUUUCCUCAGUCUGCCAAGCCAUCUGAUUUAAGUGUUAUAGCACAAAAUGAUUUUUUUUAAACAUAAAAGCUGGUUGCAGCAUUCCACUUGGGUACUCUACUUUGUGCUAUAUUUUAUACAUACUGCCAUCCGUGCUAUUUUGUUAGGGUGUUGUAAAUAUUUAGCUAAUCCUUAAUUGUAUACUUGAUGUAGAUAUUUAUAUACUAUUAUAAUAACACAUACAUUUCAUAUUAAUAUGACAUUUUACAAGCCCCUCAGUGAACGAAAUGUGUUUAUUACAACUAUUUUUAUUAGGCAUUUCAUUAUUGCUUUCAUUAGGAAUAACUAAGUGGCCAAAUUGAUUUAUUUGUGCUGAUAAAAUGUACCUUUUUUGAAAAGACAUUCUGUGUAAUAAUGCUAGCCAUUGUAAAAGAAGUCUUCUGUAUUUCUACUAUGUUUAUAUAUUUCCAACAACAAAAAAACCUCUUGCCAGAUGGUAUCAAUUUACAAAUCUUUAGACAUGGAGAGCUGGUGAAUGCUAAUAUUUAGCAGCUAAGUAGCAAUUUUAGUUAUAGAAAAGGGGGAGGG